AUGGUUUCGUCCUGUGAAAAUAUCGCUGACAAGUACCCUCAAUCACAGAAACUGGGGAUGAGUUCGUAUUUACCUAUGCGGCCCACUGCUUCAACGAGACCAGGCGAUGACAUCCAUUCGGCAUCAACAGACAAUUCAACAUAUAUGGAUCAUUUUCUAAAUAUUCCUGAAAUAUGUCCCUCAUCAACAGACUAUCGGUCUCCCCGAUAUUAUAUGGGGUCCUAUCAAGCAGAAGCAUGUCGCAUGGAGGCACUUCAACAACACCGAAGUCACGACCUAAGGAUGGGUUUACAGGGGGGUCGAUCAUCAUUCUACCCGAAUAUGAGUGUUCCCAGUAAUUUACGCUUCAGAGACAAUUGCACUGAUGGAUUAACAACGAACGGUACAAACAACAAAGCUGAACCCUUAAGUCCCUGUUCUACUGGUACCCCAGCCACCGGGAACGAAGGAGAAACACCACCAUCAUUCUACCCGUGGAUGUCUAUAGUAGGGCCCAAUUCAAAUCAGCGACGGAGAGGACGUCAGACGUAUACACGAUUUCAGACUCUAGAAUUGGAGAAAGAGUUCAAAUUCAACCGUUACCUCACUCGUCGGAGACGAAUUGAGCUUUCCCAUAUGCUGUGUCUAACUGAGCGACAGAUAAAAAUAUGGUUUCAAAAUAGGAGAAUGAAAGAAAAGAAAGAACUACAAGCUAUAAAGGAACUUAACGAACAGGGUAAAAUAACAGACAAAGGAACAAGAACAGUUACGACCAGUCCCCCUUCCCCGACUGAGUCAUCAAGCUGA